CCAAGUUCUGAUUUGCUUGGGAGGUUUUUGCCAAUGUUUCUAAUUUAAGUAAAGGCCCAAACAUUAUAAAUGAUGAAACAAGCAAUUAAAUCAUUCUGACAUAAGCUUGUUUAUCAGCCUACAAAUAAAGCUGGUUCCCACACUUUAUUCUUCUCCUUUUUCUUUUCCCUUAACAUACUUCUUUAUCGUAUAAAAUUAACCGAUCACGUAAAAAGAUAUAUUGUGAUAUUGCGGCUGGGGCUAGUCUUUGCUAUAGGAGGGGUGACCUCCUAUAGCAGGGAACUUGAAUUUUUGGAAACUCAGAGGCUGUGAAUGGCUGUGAUUGCACUUUUCAGACAAGAUGUAAAUAGCCGCAUACAGCAAGACAUCGCUUUCACCGUUGAAGAGCAUGUGCAGCAUUUACUCGCUCUCUCCUCUAUAUUGUUAUUGAAGCCAUCGCGCACCCACAAAGAUUUGCACAAGCACAUUGAUCUCAGCACAUGUGACGCACUUUGCCAGCAUAUCAUUCAAAGUCAUAAAAUGACUAAUCAGUCGUUUCCAUCUGAAAUAAAACUGCAACUCGAAAAAAUCAUGAUACAAUUAGAUGUGGACGGUGACCGAGGUGAAGCAUGCACCCGCCUAGCAGCAUCACGGCAAAUUUCAGCCCUAUUACAAGACGAUGAUGUCCUUAAUCCUGUCAACAGAAUUUUGCUGUCCGUCCAAAACAUGGUGGAGAGGCUGCCACGCAGAAUCACUGAAGACGGGCCCAAGGAAACGGAACUUAUUACCCAAUAUUUGGAAGCGAUUCUCAGUUCUCUUUUUGAAGAUUUAGAUAACAAUAUAGCAUUUCGAUGGACUUCUGUCAGUGAUGACGAAAAACAAGCCAAUGUACAACCUGACGCAUCAAUUAAUAGAAUUUAUGGAGCAACGUUGGGUGACCGAAUUGGUUGCGGAGAAGUGAAAGCGCAGUACCUGGCCCUCAAUCACCGGCUAGUUGGUAUCGAUCUGAUGCGUGUUGCAACUUUGGCCAAAGAUGCUUCUGAUAAACACAAGUUGAAAUCUACUCUUGCUUUCCUUGUAGUUGGCAAAAAUGCUACGUUCUACAUAAUUGAUCGCGCCAAAACAGACCUCUAUGCCAUGUGUGAAAUUGCUCAUAUCCAACUUCCAUACAGUCUUGAUCAAGUACCGAUUUUUAUUCCACUGAUCUUUUUAAUGAUAAAACCCAAAGUUGCCAAUGUAUUGUUUCUCUUUCGUGCUCUUCUCGUUAAUGAUGCGUAAACAUUCACCACCUAACAAUAGCACCGGAGAGCCAUCCUCCGUAACAAAGCGCUUGGACAAGAGAAAGGGUAGAGAAGUGCAAUGAAGAACUAUACGCAUAGUUUUAAUGAAAGUAUUAAAAGCACUGUCAAGAUUCUGGAGAAACAUAAAAUAC